AUGAAUUUUGACCAGAAGGCUGUGAAAUUCCUGGCAAAUUUUUACAUCAAUGGAGGCAAACACUGGACCCAUGGGCCCCUGAGGCUGAAGUCCUUUGUGACUACACCACAGCCCAUGGCUGCUGUGCUGUUGUCAGGCCCAGGGCCAGAGGCCACCUGGGACAAAAUGUGGCCCCCAGCAGUGCAGGAGUCCCCGGCAGGCCUUAGGAUGCACGUGGGCCUCCUCCAGGAGCCUCCGCCCAUCUGCGUCCGGAACCCAAAGGAGCUGUGGCUAGAGCGACGCCCCCCCAUCGUGACCGACCUGGACAUACCCGGUCCCACCAAGUACCCGGUGCCCGAUGCUUCCGUGAGAGAAUCCUCCGCGCACCCCCACUUCAGCAUCGGCCGCAAGCACCCCGCCCGCGAGAGCAGUGGCCGCAGGGCGUGGCAAACCAUGUGGCUCCAGAGUGAAACUCCCUUCACACAGAAAGCCGACUUUAACCGGGAGCGAAAGGCCCCUCCGCAGGUCCCGGGUAGCGAGAAGCGCUCCAGCCCCAACACCUACGACAUCCUUCCCGGGUGCUGUCUGCAGACCCCGCGCCCGCCCGCCUUCUCCAUGAGCCGCUCGCCCGCGUUCGCGUCUCGGGUCAGCUCCUCCCGUAACCCCGGCCCAGCUACCUACUACGACGUGGAGGAUUGCUGUAACUCGCGUUUCCCCUCAGCACCCGGAGUGGUCAUCCAGGGCGUGCGGAGACCCAAGCGCCAUUGACACAGGCCCCUUCUGCACGCUUUAGAGCCCGCUGAACACACCCUGCCCCGCCGGUUAUCACAUGGCCCCUGCCCCCGGGAGCCUUCCCAGGCCUCCCUUUG